CUGGUGGGGGCGGGGCAAAGCGCGCGUUUAACCUCCGGGUCCCGAGGUUUUCUGUAACGCGGCGGAUUUCAUUCCAGAAUUCCUAUGGCUCUUUCUACUGGGCCUUGGGGGUCCCUUCUAAACCCUGUCAGCAGAGCACUAAGCCAGCGCUACUUCAGCACCUCAGAGGCCCUUGGAGCAAUACAGAAGAUGACGAGAGUGCGUGUGGUAGACAAUAGUGCCCUAGGGAACACCGCAUACCACCGCCCCCCGCGGUGCAUCCACGUCUACAAUAAGACUGGCGUGGGCAAGGUGGGAGACCGGAUCCUGCUGGCCAUCAGGGGGCAGAAGAAGAAGGCCCUCAUUGUGGGGCACCGAAUGCCUGGGCCCCGAAUGACACCGAGGUUCGAUUCAAACAACGUAGUCCUCAUCGAGGACAAUGGCAACCCAGUGGGUACCCGCAUCAAGGUACCAAUUCCCACGAGUCUCCGGCGGCUGGAAGGCGAGUAUUCCAAAGUGCUUGCCAUCGCCCAGACCUUCGUAUGAGAGGCCAGGGACUCUGACUGCAGGAGGUGCUCUUGGAGGGAGACAAUUCACAGAGCAGUCCCCAACUAAGAAUAGGACUUGGGGAAAAGGGAGCAUUUUCCCCUUCUUCCUUCUUCCCCCAGGAGGGAGGGAGAAGCAAAUUCUGUGAAGUAAUAAAAAUAUUUUAUGUAUAUUUUCUUUGACACUUUUUAGCCACGUGGCACUAUAUAAUGGUCUCCUUGGGAUUUCCUGGGGCAUGCCUUAGUUUUGUAUCUUGCUCAUUCAGGAAGUCUGUCCCCGGGGGUAUCCUUGGCCUUGAACUUUAUUCAGGGAACCUCCGGGUGUUUUGAAGAAUAGUAUCCCCUUCCUUCCUUCCUUCCUUUGUAUUUUGAGCCUUUGGGGGGUCUCAUAGGAGCAGUAGCCAUUUUGCUUUGCAGUAUUUGAGCACAGGUGAGGAGGAGCAGUCUAAUUAGUUCAUUUAUUGCAUCCUUCGCGAAAGUGUGGUGUCACCCUUGUAGCGGCUGCUGCUAAGCAGGCUCUCCAUUUAUUGUUCUCCGAACUGGUUUAAGGAGGUCUGUGGGGAAGUGGAAGAGAUGGUGUAUCCUAGAGUGGAGGAAAGGUCACCUGGGUUGCUCUCAGCCUGGUCCCUGAAGCACACGCCCAUGUGUGCUCUAGUCCCCUGCAUUUGAGUUCCAGCUGGCCUCCGGCUUUGAGGGUGGUGGUUCUAGGCCCAGGGCAGCUGUAUCCUUCCCAGGGAGGACUGCUGCCCUGCAGCUACCACCUUAUUUCUUGGAGCUAUCACUCAUAACUUCCUCUUGUCCUUUACGUCGGCUGGAAGUAUUUUUUACCCUCAUAUACUCAUCGUGUUCAGACUUAGCAUUUCAUGCCCCUUUGUUUUCUCCACCCUGUCUUCUUCCUUCAGCUUGGUUUGGUAAUAACUGAUGUUGAGGCUUUCCAAAGCCAGUCUGAAUAACUCUUGUCCCUUUCUCUGACUUCCCAUGAACUCAGCCUCCUCUCCCAAGGUUUUCUUUGCUGACCUCACGGCGGCUGUGGUUUCAGCAGGAUAGGGCAGCCGGAGCCCUUUCCCCAUCGGUGACGCAGUCGCCUGUAAUACACAGCCCAGAAUAGCCUCAGCUUUGCUUUUCUUCCAGCUGUCCUAUCACUUUGCAAACUGGAAUCUAAUUUGCUGUCCACUUUCCCUAUGCUUGCUCUUAGCUGGUACAGCUUUCUCUUGCCCAUGAAAUAUUUAUAAUUGCAGAUUGUGUUUCUUGGUGUUUAUAAACUUGCCCUUUUUUUCCCCUCCAUCGCUUGAAGAUGUGUAUCUUAUCCUCUAAUCUUCCUAGGUAUAUCCAUGUUAUUGCUGUCUCCUUGAAGCUAUACUCAGCUGUUCCCACAAUUGGAAUCUCCCUUUCAGGUCACCCCCAAAGUCUGAUGCUGGUUACCUUAGUGAGUGAGAACAGAGAGCUCUAAAACUGUGCCAGGAUCAUGGGCUUGACCCUUGGAUGGGCACUAACUGCAUCACCACAGCGCUUGAGCUUUCCUCGGGCUGCUUUGGUUCAGAGAGCCAUGAUGGAGAUUACCUGUUGCCCUAAUACAUGCUUUGCAUAGAUCCUUUAUUUUUCUUUUCUUUAAAAAACCUGUAGAUACAUUUUAUUUUGCCAUAGACACUUCCCAACAAACAGCCAAGCAAAUCUCACAAAGUAAACUCCUUGAAAAGAAGCUCAUUUAUCAGUGGCUAACAGAAAGAAGAGAUGUGUCCUUUGACUUUGACAGUGUGCUGUUUACCCUGACCAUUGAAUUUGACCAGAAUUUUGUUGCCUUCUAGUGUUGGCUUUAUUCACAUUGUUGUGGUCAUUGUGUCUGUUGUUCUUUUAUCCUGGCUUGCACCACUGCACCUAGGUUACCUAGUGCCUUUUAAAGUUUUUCAUGUUCAUCAUUAAUCAUCGUUCCUUUUUUUUGAGGGGGGAAGGCAGGGCAGUUGGGCUUAAGUGACUUACCCAAGGUCACACAGCUAGUAAGCAUGUCACGUGUCUGAGGUCAGAUUUGAACUUGGGUCCUCCUGACUCCAGGGUUGGUGCUUUACUCACUGGGCCACCUAGCUGUCCCAAUCAUCAUUCCUUAAGGCAUAGUAAUAAACCAUAUUCUCAUACACCAUAAUUUAUUUUUCUGUUUCCAUCGUCCUUGGGCACAUUCUGUUUCUAGCCUUUAGUUAUCACAACUAAUGCUUUUACGCAAUUCCUUUUGGCUCUGCUUCUUGCCAUAGCUGUGCCAGUAGAAGAGUGACCCUCAGCAGUUCAAUGUAGCCAGCCUUAUAAAGCCUCCACUCUGUGCCUGGUGUGGAGAUAAUAGAGCUGAAAGCUGGCAAGCCCUUUGCCCUUAAGGACACUCUACUGGGAAGGAGGUGGGGCGCAACAUGUACACAAGUAUAUGUCAUGAUAAAGGCAAAGAAAAGAUCUAGACAAAGUUCUCUUAAGAAAAUUUCAGGAGGGAGACUUUCUGUUGUAGGAAAUUGGGAAGGGCCUCCGGGAGGAGGUGACAUUCAAACUGGACCUCGAAGGAUAAAGAUGGUAUCAAUAUGUAGACAGAAAUGUGUAAAGAAAGGGUAUACGUAUUAGUGAGGAGGGCUGGUGAGAUGAGAUGACUCCUAGUCCAGUUUUGGUGGAACGCAAAGUAUAUGAAGUAGGGAGUAAUGAGAAUUGAGACAGGAAAAGGAGGUUGGAGCCAGGUUGUGAAGCCCUUUUAUUCUAUCUAGACAGAAGGAUUCCUUUAUUCUGUUGGCAAUAGUGAGUCACAGAAGGUUUUCUUAGCAGUGGAAUGAGACACCAAUGAGAAAGUGAGGUCCAUCAGGGUAGAGGGAGACCACGGUGCAGUAGAAUGUGUAAGGUAAGAGUAAUUGAGGGUCACAAGUCCUGGAUUUGAAUCUCAGGCCUGCCACUUAUAAUGACUGUGAGGGAAACUCACUUCAAUCUCUGCCUCAUUUUCCUCCUUUGUGAAAGUGGGGUGGGGAUAAAUUAUACCUGUAGUAUUUUUAAGGGCAGCUAGGCAGUGCAGUGGAUAGAGCACUGAGCUUGGAAUCAGGAACUCCCAUCUUCAGGAGUUCAAAUAUGCCAUCAGACACUUAGCAGCUGUGUGACCUUAGGCAAGUCACUUAACCCUGUUUGCUUCAGUUCCUCAUCUGUAAAAUGAGCUGCUGGAGAAGGAAAUGGCAAACCACUCCACUUUCUCUGCCAAGAAAACCCCAAAUGGGGUCACAGAGUCGGACAUGACUGAACAACAAAAGUAUUUUUAGGUCAUGGAGUUUUUGUGAGGAUCAGAUGAGGUAAUUAAUGUGUGUUAACUAUUUGCAAAUUCUAAUUCACCAACUGUGAGUUUUUAGUAAUAGUAGUAAUAAUAUUCAUUUGCUGAGCCCAAGAAUAGAUAGCUGUUAGAAUGAACAUAGUAUUUUUCUUUUAAAAAAUAAAAUUUUAUUACUGUUUUAAAAAAUUAUCUCAUUUCCCUGUGACUGACAUCCUUUCCCUAAUUCUUUGGAGUAGAAACAACUAUAGUUAAGUGCAGUAGACCAACACUUUGGCCAUGUCUGACAGUGUAAACAUGGUAUUUUUCUAACUGUUCAUCUGGGUGUCUUAAUUAAGUCACACUACCUGUCUUAAAAACACCUUGUGUGUGAGCUGAGCUCUCAGCCUCGUAUUCUUGUGUCCUGUACUUUCUUAGCCCUUCUCCUGACGCUGACUCUUGUCCUGUCCUUGCUUGAGCUAUUGUGAAUUCUUAUUUUCCACUUAAAGUUGUAUGACAUUGGAAUCAGCUGCUUUGCUGGAAUCCAGAUCUGUCCUAGCAGCUUUUCCUCCCACUAAUUUUGAUUUUGUGGUUUUUAUUCCUUUGCACCAUCCUGGUGCUUAUUGAUCGUGGUUCAUUUCUCAGCAUGGGGACUGAUUUUCUCUCCACAUUGUUUUUCUGAGCAUUUUCCCAAUUCUCUUGGACUUUCAGUUGGCAAAGGGGUUGACAGAUUUGUUUCUCCAUUUUCAUCAUCAUACAAGGUUUCAAUGAUUCCCAGUAAUUCCCAACCUUAGUUGGAGUUUCAUACCCUGGAGUUAUAAUAAGAGGCUCUCCCUUUACAUAUAGUGUCUUCUGAGCUGCCUUGGGAUAGAUAUCUUCUGAUGAGCUUGAACAUUGAGUCCUCUGAAGUGGUUGUAUGUAUUUGAAUGUUUGUUCUUUGUUUUUUUUCCUCUUUUUCUUAUCUUUAUCAUUCAUUUAAAACAAAUUCAAGUUUCAAAUUCUCUCCUCUUUCCUCUCCCCCAUCCAUUGAGAAGGCAAGUAAUAUGAUACCAAUUAUGCAUGCAAAGUGUAUUCCCAUAUUAGCCAUGUUGCAAAAAAACAAAACAAAACCUAAUAAUAAAAAGCAAGAAACAUAAAGAAAGUGUAAAAAGUAUGCUUCAGUCUCUAUUCAGAAUUCAUCAGAUCUCUUUCUGAAAUCCAAUUCUGAAAUUGCAUUCUUCGAAGUGCAAAUAUUUGCAUGCAAUAUGAUUCCAGCCCAAUGGAAGUAUGCCCUGUGAAUUGGAAUACAUAUGACUACAGUAGGAGAUUCAUUGUUCGCACUAAUCAAGACCUAACUGAAUUAGCCAGUUUUACAGCUGAGGGAACUAAGGCUCACAACUUUUAAGAGGUCCAGGUGCCACAAUGACUGGUGAGACUUAGAAUUGAAUGCUGGUCUUCUGACUUGAGCCGCAUUGUUCUUUCCAUUAACAUUCUUUAUUUGAUGGGUUUCCAUGGUCAAAGCAUCCCUCACCAAGAAGCCACCCUACUAGUGAUAAGCCUCUCCUACUUAGCUAACUAAGCUGGUUCUCUGAAGCAGAUUUGGUCUGUCACUGGGAGCAUAGUCGAAGUCUUUCCAGCCCUUAGAAUCUUCCAAAGCUUGUACUCCAUGGGCAUGGCCUUGGAGAAGCCAGAGUCUCCUUUAUACCAUUAUCAGGGUCAAAUUUAUGACACUUUUCCUCAGUAAAAAUGCCCAUAUCAUCUGUGUAUGACUGCUUUUUGAAAUGUGAAUUAAAGUUAAUUUUUGUUUUGAGAUUUUGUGAUACCACCUCCAGAGAUGACUAGGACACCCUCUGGUACUGUGAAAGCAGGAUUGCAAUCUGUUUCAAACUAAAUAUGGCACAUGCCAAAUAUAGCCACCAUUGGGUGACUGAAGACCUGAUUAUCUAGUUUAAAUGCUGGUCAUUUGUGUUCUACUUCUGUGCACCCUCACCUUUAGACUUUAACACCUUCACCAGAAAGUGGAUUGGGGUGGGGGU